UUUGCGGCGUGAGCAUACUGCAAGCCGAGUCGAAGCGGUACCGCUGAUGUGGACGGCGGGAGCAAGAGCGCUGCGCCACAUCGCUUACUAACACAUAGACUAAAUUCUACGCUGCCUCGUACCUCGGCUCGCUUAGAAUAACCAAUUCUGGCAUCGAUACAUGUAGCUGUGUGGCAAUGCACAGUUGUUUAAACCCCGAGAUGUGCAUGUAUCUUUUUGCUCUCUAUCGCAGGUAUGUACAUGGUGCUCCUGAUUUUCGGAGUACUUUGACACGCUAGCUAUGCAGAAUGCGUUACUGCAGUCAAUACUUCUCGUGAGCAUUGCUGUCGGUUCUUGGAUAAGGCUCAUGAUCACCCUUGGAUGGAUCAUAGGCAGGUCACUGGCUUUACUAUUCGACCCGUUUGAGUCUGUGAAAACCAUGAGUCUCGUGGUUACGGACGGGAAAUCAAACUGGCUAGAUGGUGUCAUCUUGAUCUAUGAGAGGUUCAGUGCCGCCCGUUGGUACGUCAUCAUUGCCGUUUCCUUCUGGUCCUACCCUACUGCCUCGAGUCUCCCGAGUGAACUUGCUGUCUGCGUGUAACGAUAAUUGGUCUUCAUAACAAUUCCUAUCUCGCGUCCUGUGAUCAUAUUUUCCCUAUAGAGUAGAAUGCCCAGUCCGCUCAUCCAAGUAUG